CGUAUUUCGCCCUUUUUCCCUUCCACCGCUCGUCGCCCGUGAUGUAGAAACUCCUGAAAAUUACGGGGGAAAAUGUCGGGUAAAACAUCUCAAAGAGCUCUUUCAGCAGCUAUAUCCCAGGGAAUUUUAGGCUCUCCGUCUCUUACUUAUGAACCAGGAAAGCCCAAGCAUGCAGGUCUGUUUUACGAUCUCGAUGAAUUCGAAUCUGGACUCGACAGGGCAGAAGAAGCUUUUGGUAAAGAUGUUCUCCAUGCAAUUGCUGUAAAAGCCAAUCCUGUUUCAGCUAUGCUAAAGAUUAUUCUUAAAAAGGGUCAUGGUCUUGAGUGUGCUUCAAUCACAGAAGUGCUACACGGCAUGGAUCUUGGAUUUCCUCCUGAGAAAAUUGUGUUUGACUCACCUGUGAAAACAGAGCCAGAAUUGAAGUUUGCUUUAGAAAAUGGAAUUCAUGUAAAUGUGGACAAUUAUCAAGAACUUGAGAGAAUAACAGCUAUAAUAAAUGAUCAAGGUAGACAAACAAAAUCAUCAGUUGGAAUAAGAUUGAAACCUAUUCUUGGGGUUGGUGCUGUUAAAGCUCUAAGUACAUGUACAGCAGAUUCAAAGUUUGGAGUCCAGCUGACAGAUUCAUCAAAAGAAGAAAUCAUCAGCUGGUAUUUGGAUCGCCCCUGGUUAACAGCAGUUCAUAUACAUAUUGGGUCCCAGAGUUUUGACUGUAGUGAUCUUACCUGUGGUGUUAAAUGUGUUGUUGACUUUGCUUUGGAAGUGAAUGGAAGAUUAGGGAAAAAACAGAUCCACACUAUUGAUAUUGGUGGAGGAUUACCUGCUAACUUGGAGGAUGACACUACUCGACCAUCAUUUCAAGAUUAUGCAGAGACCCUGAAAAAAGAAGUUCCAGAACUUUUCCCUAGCUAUGGGGCUUUCAAGAAAGUAAUUACAGAAUUUGGCCAAGCAUUUAAUGCGAAGGCUGGCUGGCUGGUUAGUCGAGUGGAAUACACAAAGAAGGCUUCGGAUAACCUAAAAAUAGUUCUUAUACAUUUUGGAGCGGAUAUGAUGACGAGGACGUGUUAUUGCCCUAAUGUGCAGAAAUACCAAAGACGAGUUGAAGUUUUUAGCGAAGAAGGACAAUUAAAAGAAGGAGAGAGAAUGCGCUAUAAUAUUGCCGGCCCUCUGUGCUUUUCUGGUGACGUAGUAAAGCGAGAUGUACUUCUUCCGACGGUUGAAGAAGGAGAUUACCUCAUUUUACAUGAUUGUGGUGCAAAUUCCCUAUCACUUUUUUCACGACAUUGCAGUCGUCAAGCACCUGCUGUUUUAGGUUAUCGUGUGCUUGAGGAUGGCAGCGUGAGCUUUAAAGUAUUAAAAGAAGCUGAAACAGUAGAUGAUCUUCUAAUAUUUUGGAAAGGUAGAGAAAUGUAACCAGAACCAGACAGGUGGACAGAAGUGUUAUCUACAGAUACAGAACUUGUCCUGGUCACUUUUAUAUUUUUAAUGAAGGAUAGUGUGUAAUUGGAAGGGCUUGACCCACAAAUAAAUAUGAAUAAAUGUU